AUGCGACACAUCCUCCUGCACCCCCAAUUGCGCGCUGCGAUUCCAAGAUCUGCGCAAAGAAGCCUGCGCAAUCAAUUAUGGACUCGCUUCAAAUCCCAAGCCCCUCGUCCUUCUCAGCGCCAUGAACCCGGAACGCCUCAAUCCAAAGAUUUGGCCGCCUCUGCGCGGCCAGCACCUCCGAGCACACCAGCCAAGACAACCGUUAGGAAGGGACCUCCGGAGCGCAUAAUGGUCUACUAUGGAGGCACUGGCCGAGCAGUGUUUUUGGGUAUGCUGCGACUUACCACCAUCUUCCUCUUUGGUGGUGCAUGCGUGAUCGCGGCACCGGCUUGUUACGCAGACGAAGAAAAGAAGUGGCUUACACCAUUAGUUGUUCUUGGCGGUGCCGUCCCAAUGGUCGUCGUCGCCUACAUAGCAGCACCCUAUGUGAACUUCAUUCACUUGGCCCUGCCUGCAUUUGCCAGGAAAUCUCGCGAGAACGCAAUCCACUACGCCAAGGAUCUGCCACCGACCGCCACAUUAUAUCUCACCACAAUGCGCUUUAAUACCAUUCCGCGACAAACGGCAGUCCGCCUGGGCGACCUCCUUGCAGAAAAGGACUCAACACGACCCGUCACAUUUCGAAAUUUGAGACCUACUCCGCGACCCUGGUGGGCAGGCAAGACCCCUACACAGUACCUUACGGAGGGUAAGAGUCGACCCGGAAAACAGUCGACCGCCUUUUACCCUCAGUUGUGGCCUGCUAUAUUUCAAAAAAUCCAGCGCAAUUCUCCCAGCAAGAGUUACAGUUAG